GCAGCCUUCCUGCUAAUUUUAACGCGUCCAAUGCCGCUGCCGUACCCGAUCAUCGAAGCGCGCUUCCAGAUGCUCGAUGCAUCGAUCGCCAAAGCCGGUGCCACUACCAAGCUCAUUCGCUUGAAUGCGUCCGAUGCGCUGCGCGAGACGGUGCGACAGACGCGCAAACCGUCGCGACGGACGCCGGCAUCGGCCGACGCCAUUCCGCGCUCGACACCAACGACGACAAAGACACCGCUGAUUGACCGGCGGCGGACAAACCAGUACGAAGCCUCCCAUCGCCGGCUGUCGAUGGCAGCAACGCACGCACACCCGUUGUUGCCGUCGACGCCACAGCCUGCGUUUCACACGUGGGGCGAGAGCACGACCAGUAUCGACCCGAAAGAAGCACGUCUGCACGCUGUAGCCCAAGAGACGUGGGCGGCCAUUGAGCAAAGCCUUCAGAACUCACGCCCGUCGACUGCCAACGCCACCUCGACCCCGACGCGGCCGGCUAGCCGCGGGACAAAGGCCAAGUCGGCUGGGGCUACACGCGGUAGCCUCGCAACCUCGACGAGCCGCCACCAGCUGCAGCAAGCGCAGUCGACUGCAGGCGCACCGCCGCAUACCGUAGCGUGGCAUAGCGACGUCGAAGCGUCAGACGACGAUGACGAGCCCGCGAUCGACGAGCCCGAGGGCGAAUCAUCGCGCAGGAUACCAACCAUGGUCGUGCGACGACCACCCCCCACGAUCCGCAAACCGUCGUCCAAGCAGCUUUUGCGCGCCGGAUCGAUCUCGAGCAAACUGCCACGAAAUUGGCUCCAAAAAGCCGGAACGUGCAAGGUGUUGUCGCCACAGCCCCCACCGACGCGGGUUCAAAUCGCAGUGCAAAGCACAACUGUGGCGCUGUCCGAGACCGCGCCACCACACGUUGAGGCGCCGGAGCCCGUGGAUAGCGCAGCCAACAUUCACGAUGCGCCCUUCUACUUUCUCGAGAUCCGCCUCGAGCACUCGAGUUCGCUGGCCGGCUGGACGUUUCGCGUGCUCGUGACCGACAUCACCGCCACGGACCGCCCCCAAAUUCUCAUAUCCAACAUGACCUGCAACGACGCGCACUGCAUUCUAUUUCUCGACCCCAUCACAAAGGCGUUCACGACGUUGUUCAACCCGCUUUUGUAUUUUGACCAUGUGACGUUACCGAUCGAGCUCUAUGAUCACUCGCUGCACAUCCAAGUCAUUUCAGAGACACCGAUACAAAAGCCGAUCGUUGACACCUACGUCCACUACACCGUCGGGCCCGACGACAACACGCCGCUUCCCGACCUCGAGCCGCUUCAGCUCGAGUCCGACGCCAAGACGCCGGUGGCACCCUGUAGCACCCUCGACAAUAGCGCCUACAUCUACGCCAACCAUUUUGAAGCCAGGACGGUCAGCUCUCCAACCAAGCCAAUCGCACCGCUCAUCCAAAACGCACCACAGACGCCAUUCGAAGCGCGCAAGAACGAACUUCAGCGCAUGCGCCAGUCGAUGCGGAACGAACUCCUACUUGAGCAACAGCGCCUCUCGCUCUCGCUCCGGUGAUGCAAAUCGUAGCCCGAAAGACCUUUGGAUAGAUCGAAUCGAAUGGAGUCAGCGAUAGGAUAGAUAGGAUCGCGUCGUAUGGAUUGUACAAACAUCAUUGUACGCAUA